AUGACAAAACGAUGUAAAACGGCAAACCCUGAUUGGAAUCAAGUCACCGACGUCUUUAUAAAAGAAUUGGAUUUUGCAAAACUGACAUUCCACAUCAAACAUUCUGAAGGCAGAACUCCUAUUGGUAUCUGUAUAAGGGAUGUGAGGCCUUUAUUGGAACAAAGUGACCCUGAAAAUAUUCCUCUCGACAUUGAAGGUCUAACUAACAAACAACUUAUUGUCGGUGUGCGGUAUUUACCAAUGAACUAUAAAGUAGACCCUUCGGAGAGCGUAAAUAACAUGGGCGCGCUAAGAGUGACUGUAAAAAGUGCAGAGAAUUUACCAGCUGCUGACCGUUCUGGCACAAGUGACCCUUUUGCCUAUAUUUAUCUAAAUGGGGAGAAGAUUCAUAAAACAAAGCACGUUAAAAAAACUUUGAACCCCGUUUUUGAAAAUGAGGAUUUCGCAGUAAAUGUGCUCUCGCGCACUAGUGACAAAUUUCAUAUUGAAAUAUGGGAUUGGAAUAAAGUCGAAAUUAGUACUAAACUUGGAACCGGUACACUCGAUCUUUCUGACUUGCCAACCUUUGAAAAAGUCGAUAGAAGGGUGCAACUGUAUGAUCCAAAAACUUCAGAGCCUGCUGGCUUUAUUAAUCUCUCAGUACUUUUCACUCCACAAUUUAUCACAAAGAAGAAGUUGACUACAGGAUCUAUAGCUGGUGCAACAAGGACAAUCACUAAUAUAGGCACUGGCAUUGGAGGCACUGUAGUUUCUGGUGGGGAUACUUUUUUUAGAUCAGGUGCGGGCUUUGUAAGCUCCGGAGCUAGCAGCGUCGCUGGUGCCGUUGGUUCUGGAUUUGGACUUUUGAAAAAAAAAGAUAAAGACGACAAGCUUAAGAAUGGUGAUUCACUAACUAGAGAAAUCGAUACUGGGCUUGUAGAGUCACCCAUUAAUGAAGAAAAUG